UAAUGGAAUGGUCACUACAGGGGAGUGGAGAUCCUAAAUAUAAAUGAAAAUUCUGAUGUGCUAAUCCUUAACAGUGAAAACUUCAGUUGCUGUCCUAAAGGAUAUUACAAAAGGUAAAAAAUCUUUGAAAAUCUAUCUGCAUUUCACAUGGAUAAUUACACCAGUGAUGACGACAUAGAUGAUGACUUUGACACCCAGUUCAUCAUUCAACAGAGUUUACAGGAUAAUCACAAGCCAGGAACUACACAGCAGUCACCUGAGGAUGAGAGCUUUUUAAGCACUGACUAUAAGAAGAUAAUUGAAGCAAUAGAGACAGGUAAGGAAGAUGUAUUGUCACACUUGACCAAGUAUCAUUCUGCUUUUGAUGAGGCAGAUGAGAUAGGUUGGCUUCCUCUGCAUAAGGCUGCAGUGCAAUUAAAUAAGAACAUUUUGGAAAUAACCCUGAAAGCCUCAAAACCCAGUGUGUGGGAGCAAACCACCCACAAUGGUGAAACACCACUUUUUUUGGCUGUCAGCAAUUGCCUCUUAGAAAAUGUCAGUUUUCUUCUUCUCAAUGGCUGCAAUCCAAAUGCCAAGAAUUUCGAAGGCAAUUCUCCUCUUCUUACAGCUGUUCUACAGGACUCCUACCAAAUGGCCUCUUUGCUGAUCAGCCAUGGCGCAGAUGUCAAUCUGAGGUGUACCAACGAGAGGACAGCUCUCCAUGAAGCAGCCAAACUGGGCAGGCGGGACAUAGUAAGGCUCCUGCUGCUUUCUGGGGCACACCCUGACCCUCAGAGCUCCUACGGAUUCACUCCUCUUGCUCUUGCUGCUCAGAAUGGACACACUGAAAUCAUGGAACUAUUACUGCAGAAAGGAGCUAAUGCUCUUGGUCAGGCCUCUGAUUCUUCUUCCAUCCUACUUGAAGCUGCUAGUGGAGGAAAUCCAGACUCUGUGGCUCUCUUGCUAGAAUAUGGAGCCGAUGCCAACAUCCCUAAGAAUUCAGGCCACCUGCCCAUUCACGUGGCAGCUGACAGAGGCCACUUGUUAGCUCUAAAGAUUUUGGUUCCAGUUACGGAUUUUGCUGCCAUUAAGCGGAGCGGCAUCAGUCCAGUUCACUGUGCAGCAGCAGGAGCACACCCCAAAUGCCUGGAACUUCUCAUCCAGGCUGGAUUUGAUGUAAAUUUCAUGCUAGAUCAGCGAAUUCGCAAACACUAUGAUGACCACAGGAAGUCAGCUUUGUAUUUUGCUGUAUCAAAUGGUGACCUCUCUUCAGUUAAGCUACUUCUGAGUGCUGGAGCUCUACCUAAUCAAGACCCAGUUAACUGCCUCCAGAUAGCCCUAAGGAUGGGCAACUAUGAGCUGAUAAGUCUGCUGCUGCGGCACGGGGCCAACGUCAAUUACUUCUGCAGAGUCAACCCUUUACAUUUCCCGUCAGCUCUGCAAUAUACUCUGAAAGAUGAAGUCAUGCUCAGGAUGCUGUUGAAUUAUGGCUAUGACACAGAACGAUGCUUUGAUUGUCCUCAUGGAGACAAAGUUCAUCCUUUCUAUAGUUUUGAAGGCUGGACAUCUACUGUUAUCAAAGAUACAAUGUUCUGUGAAGUAAUAACUUUGUCGUGGCUACAACAUCUCUCUGGAAAGGUUGUUCGAGUGAUGCUUGAUUACGUUGAUCAAGUUAGGAUCUGUUCAAAGUUGAAAGCUGUGCUCCAAAAACAGGGGCUAUGGUCAGAAAUUCACUUUAUCUUGACAAACCCUCGCUCCCUGAAACAUUUGUGCCGCCUAAAGAUCCGGAAAUGUAUGGGACGUUUACACCUGCGCUGUCCAGUCUUCAUGUCAUUUCUUCCAUUACCCAAUCGUCUAAAAGCAUACAUCCUUUACAAAGAAUAUGACCUUUAUGAACAAGGAAUUUUCACAGGAACCUGGUAACCAAACUAUUCUGGAUGAAAAGGACAACAAACUGCCCCUCACUACUGGCUUGGUUCGGUCUACUGGAAGCAGCUAUCAACCGACUUUGUUCUUCUAAGUCCUAGUGGAAAAGACAAAAAAGAAACUUAAAGUUAACUGUUUGCAAUCAUAUGCAGUUAAAAUACAUCCUUGAGGAGU